AUGCAACCCGGAUGUGCGUGGAGAGUGACUGGAGCCUCUCCGCAGCUGUUUACCUCAUAAACCUGAAGCACGCCGCCUUCACCUCUCAAGUAUCGCAGGUUAGAAUAUCGUAUCACCUAUCACCUCUUUUGUUCUCAUCACUCGAGUAGUUCGAUCAAACAACAAUCAGCCUCCAUCAUCUCUUUGAACAGUCGCAACAUGGCUACCAUUCGUCAUGCAAGGAGGGAGGACAUACCCGCCAUACUGGGCCUUAUCCGAGAACUAGCAGACUACGAGCACGCCAUCGACAGCGUCAAGGCUACCGAGGAGACCCUCGUUGAAACCAUCGCCCUGGCGACGUCGGAUGGCCAAAAGGCCGAAACCGGCCUGCCCAAUACCGAGCCCAUCACUCCGCAGAAGCCGGCCCGGUGUCUUAUCCUGUUCAACGAACAGGGCCAGGUGGCCGGCAUGGCCUUGUAUUUCUACAACUACAGCACCUGGCGCGCGCGGCCCGGCAUCUACCUCGAGGACCUCUAUGUGCGUGAGGCGGAGCGCAAGAAGGGCUUUGGCAGGAGGCUCUUGGUCGAGCUGGCCAAGGAGGCCGUUGCAAUGAAGGCUGGACGUCUCGACUGGAGUGUGCUCAAGUGGAACGAGCCGAGCAUUCAAUUCUACGAGUCUCCAGCCAUCGGAGCGACGAGGAUGAGCGAAUGGGUCGGAAUGCGUGUCGAGGGCGAGGGCCUGGUCAAGCUUGCGACCUCAUUGGACUAAAUGUGUGUCGUCAGGUGUUAAGGUGAACUAGGAUGACGGACCCUGGAAAAGUCAUCCUAAAAUGGGGGGUAUCAUUGCAUGUCGGCGUAUGAACAGCAAAAGGGACCAAAACGCAAAGGGAAAACAUGGCGAGGGUGGAGGGAAAAAGCACCUAUACAGCACCUGCGGCAUAGAUGGCCAGCAUGGGUGGAGAGAUGGAUAUGUGUAUAAGCUCAUGCCGGCCUAGUCGGAAUACCCUUCUGAUCAACACCUUGAAAUAUCAAGGCGUGAGAAGCCGAGACCUGUGUCUUGGCCGGGGGCUUCCCGUAUCGCAGGGUCCAUUUGUCCGGCGACUUUGGGUCUGUCUCCAUCAGGGGUGACUCUUGCCACACCUGGAGGUAAAGGCGCUUCAUAGCACGGGCACUGAUAGCUCGACCACCCUGUCCAUGCGAUACGGUUCUGGUACCGCCGGCGUGACCAAACUCGUCGUU